AUGAUACAGAUACGAGCUUUUAUACAACAAAAACUAAAAUUUAAAGAAAUUGAUAAAGAGGCAUGUAAGUUUAAAGCUGUGAAUAUAUUAUUAUCCAUAUUAACUGAAGCUGAUAAUGAUGGAUACGGGAUGCUUAAUAUAUCAGAUAGUGAAUCGUCUGAUAAAGAUGAUGAUAUAAAUCAAAGUACUGGUAAUAUACAAACAGUAAAUGAUUG